AUGUCAGAGCGUAAUAGAAUCGCGGUCCAUGAUGCUGGGGCUUUGACUGCUCUUCUGCCUCACUUGACUGGCAAAGACAUGCAGGAACCCGAGAAAGCCUUACUACGAAAAGUUUGCGCAUCGCUGCUUCCACUUGGUACACGCAGACUCGAAGAGACUGCCCAGAUAUUCAAGUUAGCCUGUGAAGACGAUUUGGCAAAAGAAAUGCUGCUGGACGCUUUGCAAAAAUCCAAGCAGCCCUCUGCCAUUCAGUUCGAUCUAUCCCAUUCUGGACAUUGCUCGAUUGAGCUUGCGUCUUUGCCGCGUCCCUUUCCACCUGCUACUGGAUACACGUUCUCUUCCUGGAUCAAGAUUGACCAGUUUGACUCAGACUGUCACACCACAGUAUUCGGGGCAUUUGAUGCCAGCCAGACUUGUUUUGUUCUUGUUUACAUCGAAAAGGAUACCCACCAGUUGAUAUUGCAAACAUCAGUCACCGCUAAGAGACCGAGCGUGCGCUUUAAAAAGUUUCGAUUCGCAGCUGGAGAAUGGUAUCAUAUUGCAUUGGUCCAUCGACCUUCUAGAACAAGCGGCCUGAGCCCAGCCAUACUCUAUGUUAACGGACGUUGUAUUGAAGAACAGCACUGUCCAUAUCCAGAGAUACCGCCGCUUAUACCGGAGCUUCGUGCUCCGGUUCCCUCUCAGAUUGUUAACACCACUCGAAGACCAGUCCAAGCAUUCUUCGGCACGCCGCAAGAUCUAGCAUCCCAAGCUGCCGAGCGCGUCUUGAGCUUGAAAUGGUCUCUUGCCAGUGCUUAUCUGAUUGACUCAUCUCUAUCUCCCGAAUUGAUCGCGGUCCAUCAGAAACUUGGUCCUCGGUACUGCGGCAACUUCCAGGACUGUGUUGGACCUUUUUUGACAUACCGUGCUUCUGCUGAGCUCAAUCGAUACAAUGAGAUGUUGCAUGCAGAAAAAGACGACAAAUCCGAGAUUGUCAAAGCCACUCAAUCACAAGGCAGUGAGCUGCUCCCGGAAGGCAAGCUCCUCAUCAGCAUAUCGGCUUCGGGGAUCGUCAACAUGAAUGGACUCUUAGCAAAUGGUGUCAACAUCACAGACAUGCUAGACGAGAAGGCUACGGCACAUCUCCAGUCCCUCACGCGUAAUGGCAAUCCGCUUUUGCUAAACGCUGCCCGACCCGUUAUCAACGACGCUAUCACGAGGUCUCAUGGUGCGGCCAUCAUCACUGGUAGCCCUGUCCUAAAUCUCACCCACGGGCUAGAUGAUGGUAGUUGGCAGAUUGGCGGUUGCUUGCCUAUCAACAUGAAGAUCAUUCAAAGUGCAUCAUCAGCUGACUCUCUUGUCACCUCUGUGGAGCUUCUGUUCCAGUGUAUAUUGGACAAUUGGCGGACUAGCGAAGUUAUGGAGAAGGACAAUGGAUUUGGAAUCCUAGCCGUCUUGCUUCGAGAGAAACUUGGCAUCUACAACAGCGGCUCAGGGGCCAAUAGGAUGUUCCCUGUCGCCAGAACCAUGCAACAGAGGGAAGAGCUGGCAUCUAGACUUCUCAAAGUUGUCCUCAAAUUCGUCGGCUAUGACACGAAAACCCCCGAGAACUCAUUACUCAUCAAUCCAAUGGCUUACAGGGUCCUGCUUGUGGACUUCGACACCUGGCGAACGAUCAGUACCGAAACUCAGAAGCUCUACUAUCAGCAGAUCGCUGGAUUUGUGUGGAAAAACAACAACCAGACUUUCAACAUGAAACGAUACAACAAGAUGAGAGUCGUCCGAAGAUUCCUCGAUGCUCUCAAGGUCGAUCCGAUCAGUUCUGAUGUCUUGCCUGAGAUUUUGCAUGCCUUGAGAGCUCUGAGUCUAUGCAAAACCGCACAUCUGAACCACCGUGACAUUGCUACCUUCAUUACGUACGCCCUACACGAUGAUAGAGCGCUACAGUCAGCCAAUCCCCUGUUGAGAACACCUCGCAACAGAUCUACAUCCAUCAAAUCACCUUCUCCGAGACUGGUAACUCCAGAGACGGCCAGUCCUACGUCAACAUCACAGAGUGCUGGCAGACUUAGCCAAUCUAGUCUCGGUGUCAGCGUUGUUGAGACGUACUCCGAAGUCUUGUGUGGUUUCGAAACGAGCACGCACAUCAAGAGAUUUGAUCAGCAAGUCCCAACAAGAUGGAUCCUUCACUUGCUAGCGGAACCUGACUCACGAGUUGUCGCUUCCGCGCUCUCCAUCAUCUCGAGAGCAAUUGUAGACAUACCCAGCUUUAAGUCCAAAUUUACGGAGAAGAACAAUGGAUUCACGACCCUGCAAGCACGGCUACGUAGCCACUGGACAUCUCCUAAGGUCUGGAUGGGAUGCUUUGCCAUACUUUUCGGGCGACCGUUCGUUUCUCAACAGGAAGUUGACGAACUCACCAUCUUCCACCUUAUGGAAGCCUUCACACAGCAAGGAGAGAUCGAAAUACGACACCCUGAAAUCUUCCCCGCGAUAUCAGGCAUGCUAGAGGCAGGACUCCGAACUGUCGUCAAAGACUCGUUGCAUCAGAAAGACAGCGAAGACUCACCUGAGCUCAACGCCAUCCCGAAGACGGUCAUCCAGUUUCUCACAGAUGUGCAUGCUCGGAGCAAAUCAUUCCGCGACUUCGCUGUGGAUUCUCACUAUGUUCAAGAACUACUGUUUGUGCUCUUCCCACUUAUAACCAGUGCCGACCGGCUCAACGCAUCUGCCGAGCUGGCAUCAGAGAGUCCUUUGAAUUUCCAGGGUCGUGAAGUUGUUUUGCGACCCCACUCUAACUCGCUAGGUGAGCGACCUGCUGUGCUCAGGAGUGGUUCGAGCAGGACACUGCCCACACAAAGUCGUCCCAAUCAGCUUCAGAUUCCUCGCAGAACAUCAUCAUUUGUCUUUGUCAACCCUACAGCAUCAGAAGUCAAGCACUCUACCGUUUCGACUCGCUUCAAUGCGAUCAUGUCUCCCACAACGAGCACCCCAGUCAAGAUUAAUGUUGGAAACGCAGUUGUAGAGUCCCUGCUUGAACUCGUGGUCAUGGUCUAUCUCGAGCAGGUCUCACAGCGUAAAGACUUCGCUGGCUUUGGGCUAUUUCUCAAAGUACCGCCAGGCUUCCAAGAACAUCAAGCAUACUUUGAGUCAUAUGUCCUGCUUCACACUAUGCAUCAGCUAUGGAAUCACUUACAGUUGAACCAAGAGCUGAUGGUAGAACCAAGGACUUUGACCAACUUGGCUCGAUACAGUUUGCACAUGGCCGAAGCUGUUUUUGAAGGCUGGUUCAUCGAUGGAGCUCAGCCAUUGCUCGACUUUACUGGUAAGGCAUUGGAGUACCUCCAACAACCAGCCGUCUCUGCAACAAAAGGCGUACGAUUAUGCUCGCAAGCAGUAUCUACCCUCCGCUCAGUAUUCCUCCGUGUCACACUUUUGCGACUAUCAGAGCUUGACGAGGCCGAAGACGACACAGACGCGCUUGAUUUUCUGCGAAAGAUGACCUACUGGCAGACGAUUCUGUUUUCGCCGCAGAAUCAGGAGCUGCCCUUCAUCAGACUUAUCUGUUACCUCUUGUAUAUCAAGAUGACCUCGCCUUCCUCCUCUGUACGGCAUGCUGCCGCCUCGUUGUGGAGGAUGCUACUUGUACAGAAGCCCACGGAAGCCGCUACUAUCCUCAUACAGAACGCAGAUCCAAAUCAGCGGCAUAUUUCGACCGGACUGAUCAAGCUUGCUGCACAUGAUGAUGAUGAGCUUCUUCAAUGGAUCGAUCAAAAUCGAAAACCUCUAGACGAAUUCUUCCAUGAAACAAUGUCCAGAUUCUGGGACGAGUUUGUCGGCUCCGAAAAUCAGAAGACGGAAGAUUCUGCGAAGAAUCGACUCGCUAAGCGCAAGGAGAAGCUCAAGCAGUGGAGAACAGUCGAAACCGAGCUUGAUAAUGUCGCGCAUCGCUUUGAAGUAUCAACCAGACACUGGCGAUCAAAUAUCCAUUCCCAAGAGCGAUUGAAGUAUCAAGGCACCCUUCAAGACCAGCAAGAAAACCUGAAUCAUAUACAGACAGUCAUUGCUAGGCUGGAGGCUCUUCUGAAGCAGCCUUCGGGUCUGUUUCCAGAACAGGAACCUUUCAAGUGGCAACUCGAUCAGACAGAGUCGCGCAAUAGAAUGCGUAUACGAAUCGUGCCAGACACAAGACACAGCCAAGAGGCGUAUCAACCGAAGCGAAAGGCUUCUGAACGUAUGUCGCACACAACGUUGCGUAUUGAUACGCAGUCUCAUCCAAGCCUAUCAGACAACAUAGUAUCAGCGGAGCCCACACCAACGAGGACACCUGCCAAUCCUGAUGCACCACAGCUCGAAAGCACGCCAGAAAGACCAAGAAAUGAUUCUCUUUCUGGUUCUGCACUUCUUGAUGGCGAGUUCGAGAUGGUAGAUGACCCCAAAGAUGGCGAAGAAGGCUUCGAGGACAAAAACCGGAAGGUAUUGAAAAGUCUUCAGCGUGGUGAUCGCGUACAAAACAUCUGUAACGUUUCUCGUGUGGUCGGUCUGGAGGCCUUCGAAGGUCUAUUGAUCAUCGGCAAGAAAUGCUUGUACCUGCAAGAUGAGAUGUUUCAAAGGUCUGAUGGCGAAAUUGUUAGCGUUGCCCAUGCUCCCGACGAGGAGCGCGAUCCCUACGUUCAGCUCAUUUCUGGUAAAGAAAUAAAGACAAAGCGCAGGCAACGAGCUGAAAGGGAACCCGCAAGGCACUGGACUUGGCAAGAGCUGUUGCACAUUUCGAAACGUCGCUUCCUGUUUCGAGAUGUCGCACUGGAAGUGUUUUUCACCGAUGGUCGCAGCUACCUACUGACAUUCAUGACGCCCAACGCGCGGAACGAAGUUUAUUCAAAUCUUGUGGGCAAGUCACCACUCGUGUAUGGAUCACUGUCAUCUCUUCCUGCCGAGGACGCUUGGAGACUAGAUUCACUGAGAAACCCGGAAGAGACACCUCAGAGCUUUGGCUCCAAGUUUGCGAACGUCUUCAACUCCACAUCCUCCAACGCAGCCACUCGACGAUGGAGCCGGGGCGAGAUCUCUAAUUUCCAAUACCUCAUGCUUGUCAACAACAUGGCUGGCAGAACGUUCAACGAUCUCACUCAGUAUCCCGUAUUUCCUUGGAUCCUCGCAGAUUAUACAAGUGAAGAGCUCGACUUGACAGAUCCGAGGAGUUUCCGUGACCUCUCUAAACCGAUGGGCUGCCAGCAUCCUGCACGCGAAUCUGAAUUCCGUGACCGCUAUCGAGCCUUUGCUGAAAUGGGCGAUGAGCACUCCCCACCGUUCCAUUACGGCACUCACUAUUCUUCGGCCAUGAUCGUCUCGUCCUACCUCAUCCGAUUGCCGCCAUUUGUACAAUCUUAUCUGCUGCUUCAAGGUGGCGUCUUUGACCAUGCAGAUAGAUUAUUUGACUCGAUUGAGAAAGCCUGGUUGUCUGCGUCAAAAGAAAACAUGACUGAUGUUCGAGAACUGACACCAGAGUUUUUCUGCUUGCCCGAAUUCUUGCAGAACAUCAACGGUUACGACUUUGGCCAAAAGCAAGGUAGCGGUCAGACUAUCAAUCACGUUGUUCUUCCACCUUGGGCCAAGGGCGAUCCUCAUAUCUUUAUCGCAAAGCAUAGAGAGGCUCUCGAGAGUCCAUAUGUAAGCCAACAUCUACAGGAGUGGAUUGAUCUCAUAUUUGGGUACAAACAGCGCGGCGAAGCAGCACUUGAAGCCACAAAUGUCUUUCAUCACUUGUCGUACCAAGGUGCAAAGGACUUGGACACCAUGCAGGACGAAGUAGAAAAGCUCGCGACCAUCGGUAUCAUUCACAACUUUGGGCAGACGCCUCAUCAAGUCUUUCAGCGAGCACAUCCGAGGAGGGAGGAUGAGAAGCACAGGGUCGAGCGACUAGACACCAUUGCAGAGUCGCUCAUCAAGCUACCAUUCCCGUUGCACGAGAGCCACGAAAAGGUUGCGGCACUCACUUACUCGCCUAGUCAAGAGCGCUUGCUUUGCUCUCCUCCAUGCAAGCUCAACGUACCGCCAGCCUGCAAAAGCUACCUUCAAUGGGGGUUUGCAGACAACAGUCUUCGCUUUUUCACAGCCGACAAUAGAAGAAUGCUCGGCCUGUAUGAGAACCUCCACAUCGGCCAGAUCAGCACUGCUCUCUUUGCAGAUUCGAAAACGCUCAUCACGGGUGGCGCAGAUAGCACGAUUGGCGUCUGGACUAUCGGCUUCAGCUCAGACACUGUCGACAUUCAGUCACGAACAUAUCUCUUCGGCCAUCGUACUCCCAUCAGCGUUCUUGCUGCUUCUCGUGCCUUCAGUACUUUGGUGUCGGCAUCUACUGACGGUCAAGUCUUCCUCUGGGAUCUGAACCGCUUCGACUGCGUACGAGUGCUGCAAGAAGCCAACGAUGGCAAUCGCACAAUUCAGUGUGCCAAGGUCAACAACCUGACUGGCCAUAUCAUGCUGUGUAGUGGAGCAUACGUCCGCGUGUUGACACUGAACGGCCACCUGCUUGUUGAGCAAAAAGUCUGUGAUGCCCAGGAUGAUGAGAUCACGUGCUGUGCUUUCUACGAAGGUGCUGCAAACGAAUGGGUCGAGCGUGUAUUGCUCUUCACCGGCCACAAACGCGGAAUAGUCAAUGUCUGGUCCCUCGUCACUCUCCGCGAUGGCGCAUGGCAUCUCCAACUCAUCAAGAGAUUAAUGCAUGUCGAGCCCACACGUGGCGAGCCCAUGAUGCAGGUAGCUACCAUCACGUCCAUUUUGCCCAUGUCUCAAGCUGUGUACACUGGCGACGAAGAUGGUAAAGUCUAUGAGUGGAAUUGUGUUCAAAGACAUGGAGCUGGACCUUUUGCUGUUUGGCGAUGA